AUGACAUCCUACCCGUCAAUCUUACCAGCUGCCGGCAGCCGCACUCAUCACCCGCCGGCAGCGUUCAGGGUAGAUCGCCGGCGCCAUUCCCGCUCUCAUCAGCACCAACCCGAACACAGUCACCACCACAAACACCAGCAGCAGCCAAAACACAACCCUUAUGGCCCAUCAGUCGAGCUCACGUUCAAAUUCCACGACGAGCGAACAACGCCUGACAUCGUCGUCAUCGACGAGAACGUGCUCCCCGGCGCGCGCGAGGGAGACGUGUGUCAGGUUCUGGGCAAGAGCGGAGAGGUCUUGGAGAUGUUUGAGCUGAAGAUUCACAGUCCGGAGAUUAAAAAGAAGAUCUUUUCCGCUGGAAAUGGACAAAUGUCUGCGCUGGCAGGCUCCAGAUUAGCAACCUACCGUGGCUCAAGAAUCGUAACCGUGCGCACGGUCGAGCGCAAAGAAGUCGAAGCAGACCUCCUCACAUUCUACAUCAAAGACACCUACAUCACCCGCAGCGACAUGUGGCAUAUCCCCUCCGCGCUCGUCGGCAAGUGCAUCACCGAGGGCCAGGCAAUUGACUUUCAGCGGUCGUACAAACUCAAUAUCAACACCAUCCACAAAGACGGCCAGAAAGUAAAAGUCGCCCUCGUUGGCGCCGAGACCAGGGCCGCGUUUCGGUCGCAGUCGGUCCGGUAUCUGAUCUUCCUGCAAAUGUCGACCGAGAUGUGGUACUUUGACGAGACCGGCGAGAGCUAUUUCUCCAAAGUCAUCAACUCGUACUUACCCGAGCUCUUUCACCAGUGGCGCGAAGCCGACGCACACCAUCUCGUUUCCAUCGUCAUGUUCACAAGCGUCGACCUGAGCUCGGUAUCCGUCAACCUUCCCCACGGCGUCCGCAGCCGGAACGUGCGCGACCACUACCGCGUCGUCGUCGACCGCAUGCGCGUCUCGGACUGGACCGAGAUCAUGAUCACCCUGCGCAAGGAGUUUAACGAUUUCCAGCGCUCGGUACUCGUGCGCACGGGCGAAGACGGCAAAAGCCAUAUCUCUGGCUCGAUCUGUGCGGCGAUUAAGGGAAAUAUUCUCGAAGCGAUCAAUUUCGCCGCUACGCAGACAUCCCUCGAUAUGGCGACCGACGACAGCUUGCGGGGAAACCUGCAAACCAUCAUUGUGUCACCUGGAACAGGCUUGUUUGACGUCGAAGCCGACCUGCUCCAUCGUACGACGCAGAAUCUCAUCAUGGCCGGACUCAGCGUGGACUUGGUCUGCCUUACGCGAAUGCCGCUCCACGCCGUGCCGCUAUUCCGGUACCGCGACGCGUUCAACAAUGAAAUCCACUGCAUGCCGCACUGGAUCGACGUCUCGUUCUGGAAGUCGAUUUCCUCCGAGAGCAGCAGCAACGCCGUCUGGGUGCCUCGCUGCCGCAUCUACGAGAUCCAAAUGAUGGGCGUGAUGGAGAACGAGCUCAGCGCGAUCAGCGUCGACUAUCUCCCCUCGGUGCUCGACAGCGACGUCGAGAAGUUCAUGGAAGAGUACGACAGACUUGCGGUCACCGCGCAGACCAGCACGGGAGAAGGAUCUCCUGUCGUCGCACGCAGACAGUCUGAAACACUACGCAGCAGCGGCCGACAGUUCAGAGACGAUAACCCGCUCUGGACGACGAUCUAUAACCCAUCCAACCCGACCGAAGAGGAAAAAGUGAGCGCGAUGCUGCACGGUAACUGGCGACACAUUUAUCCGCGGAAAUCGCUCGGCCGGUCGAUAAAAUGGAAGUCUGUGAUUUCGCCCGCGGCGAUGCCGAUCACGACCGAGGUGUUUACUUCCCCAGAGGAAUUUUAUCGCGAAUACGCGGUGCAAACGUAUGACAUCAACGUCCACGUCAACGACACCGGCUCCGAGCGCGACCGGACGACGAUGGCCUCUGCCCUGCGCGCGAUGGUGGCCUAUCGAGUUGGUAUGGGUUUUCAGAUCGCGGUCGGGUCGAUUGUGGAGGCCGUCGAGAGCCAGAGCAGGGUUGAUCCUCAGCCGUCGAAAAUCACGCAGGGCAUCCAAGACAACGACUGCGACGACUUACGGGUCUAUCUGUCGACCGGAAACCAGGUGCAUCGACUUGCGGUGAAGAGCAACAGCACAAUCACAGUGCAGCUCUUCGUUCGCAAGAACCAGAUCCCGAGUCUCGACCAGGACGUGAUUUACAAACCCUUCAUCCAAACCCGCUACGACGACGAUUUUUGCCUGCGCAGCAUCCGCUUCCCCGGCUCGCGCGCGCACGAGCGCAACUGGAAGGGUCUCGAUCAGUACAUUGCGGGCGACGACAACGUGUCCGGCGACCCUUCGCGGUUCUACCGCUCGCGGUACGUGCUCAUCCCGACGAAUUUCCAGACGGUGCGGAUGCAGAAUCUGCAGCUGCGGCCGGUGGACGAUACGGUUGACAAUAUGAGUCCCGAGGAGAUCAGGCUGGAUGGGCUGCGGAAGCUCAACGAUAUGUUUUACAGAGCGCAGUAUAUGACGCCCGAGGAGCGGAAGCGUGAGCGCGAGCGGAAGAAGAAGGCGAUUGUGCCCGAGCUCAAAUUCUACACUGGCAGUCUGUCUGCGUUCAUCACGCAGCUGGUGCAGAACGCGGGCGAAGACGAGAGCGCGCGGAAGAAGGACUCGAUUAUCAUGAAACCGUCUGAGCGCCUCGACCGGACAGUCAAGGUCCCCGUGAUUGCGCAGGAGAUGCAGACCGAGCGGGGCGUCAAGUUUGUCGACCGACGCUGGCACUGGAAACUGCAUCAGCACUGUUUUGUCGGCUCGGAGUUUGUCGCGUGGUUGCUUGAGAAUUUCAAGGAUAUCGACACGCCUGAGGUGGCGAUCGAGUACGGCAACGAGCUGAUGGCAGCGGGUCUGUUUCAUCACGUCGAGCACCGGCAUUCGUUCCUCGACGGACAUUACUUUUACCAGUUGAGUCCAGAGUAUAGCAUCCCGAGCGCGCAGCCAAGGUCGAUGGGUUGGUUUUCGUCAAUCAGAGUCGCGGCCUCGCUGACGCCGAGUACUUCCACGCCGGUGACAACAAGCAGCGGACCGUUUAGCGGUAUAACCAGCAGUGUUGCGUCGCUUGCAGACUCGGUUGCCGCGCUGACCACGGCUGCUUCUUCCUCAUCUCAACCUACGCAGCCGCAGCCGAUUCCCGGGCGCCACGGCUCAGCUACGAGUCGGUCGGCGUCGACGACGUCGGUGAAAUCAGACUCGACGAACGAGUCAAGUAGCGAACUUGCCGAUUCUACAAUGUCGUUGGACUCCGACUGGGGCCAUCGAUCGCAGACGUUUGGCGACGUGCAGUCUAAUCUGAAGCCGCGCGUCGAGCUGACAAAGUCGAUAAAGCUCGACGUGGACCCGCUCAGGAAAUCCUACCGCCGCGAAGUAGCGACGCUGCACUACGACCGGCUUCACAACCCCGAGUCGUGCUAUCACCUGCUUUUCGAGUGGCUGGACACGACGCCCAAGUUCAUCGACGACACGAUCGCGCAAUGGGGUCGGAUCUGCGACCGGUCGGGACUGAAGCUGGUUGAGGUUCCGGUGCUGGAAGCUACGGCCUUGUGCGAGAUCGACCCGUUUAUCUCCGGGUCGAGGAUCAAGUUCGCGCUCGAGCCGCCGCGGAUCAAACCGGCGGAGAAGGGCGACCUGAUUGUGUCUGACCGACUGUUUUACCAGACGCAGGCGCUCAUCAAGCUGGACUACGUGCUCGACACCGACGCCGCCGACGUGCUCAGCUCGGCUUCACCUGACGUCGAGAUCGUGUACUCGUGGGGCAAACCACACUUCCGCUACUCGCAAUACGUGCACAAAUCCGGCGCGACGCUCGCGCAAAUCAUCCCCGAAACCGGCGAAUUCGUCAUCGUCCGCAACCCGCUCGUCGGCAGCAAAUCCUCUGUGUUUUCGAUCGGCGUCGAUCCCGAGGUCGUCUGUCGCGAGGCCAUCGAUUUCAUCCAAAACAACCCGCGCGAGCUCCGCGAGUUCUUCUCCUCCAUCCGCGAGAAAUUCCUCAACCGGCCCGCUGUCGCCGUUCCCUUCUCCGCAAGCCCGACGCCAAACAUCGUCGGCUCUUACGGAUCUGGUGGGACGAUCGCGGCUGCUAUGGCCGAUAGUUUCACAAUCGGAAGCUCGAGCAGCGAGUUCACCGUCAGAGCAGGCACUAGUCCGGCGGGGAUGAACUUCACAGAUGAUCUAGAGCGAUCGCUUAGCGCGUCGCCUAGUACGCGUCGCCCGCCGCCGCCGCCGUCUGAUACGCCCGGCGCUGCAAGUUACAUUUAUUACGAUAUUCGCAUGUUUUAA